AUGAAGGGUUGGAAGGAGGCGCUAAAACCUCAAUACACGGGCUUACUGGCAGGAGCUCUUGCCAUACUCGUGCUACUGUCUGUUGUUAAUACCCGGGUUGAGCGCUCCGAACUUGUUGAUUCCCAUGAUCUUGCUAAGCUAGCAAAGUGGAAGAGGACAGCUGAGGAUGCUGCUGAAAAGGCUGAGAGUUUGGACGGGAUUCGCAAACAUGACGAGGAAGAGGCUGAUCUCAUCAAAGUUGCAGAAAAAGAAUGGCUGAAGAGAGAGCAGUUUGCGCGCCAGAAAAUAGAGCAGUUGAAGUCAAGGCGAGCUUCAAUCCGGUCCCUCCAACGUGAUGAGAGAUUGAUUAGGAGGCAAUUAGAGCUCAACAAUGAGGAGAUAAGACAUAUCCGACAUGAAAAGGAUGGGUCAAGAUCGAAUUCGAAUGCUCCGAAACAGCAGGAUUCUCGUCACUCAUCUCAUUCUGACUCGGAUGAGAAUCAUCUUGAAAAGGUUCUCAAGGCUGAGGAAGAGAAGUAUCACAAUGCUCUUCAAAGGUACAACGAGAAGAGAGAGGUGACCCAUGACUCCGCGCGCGAUGAGAAAUUGGAGAGAGAGAUCGAACAAUUCAGACAGGCAAGACGCGCUCUUGAAGGGAGGGCACCGGUCACAGAACCCUUGGAGAAGCACAUCAAACAUCAAACGCUCCUCAAUGCAGCUGAAACUGCGUUAGGCGACCAGGUUGUUCAGCCAAACAAGAAGAAUGCUGCCCCCAAGAGACACCGCCUGCCGGGAGUGAAUGCCUAUAGUUGGUGGUCGGAGAAACCUGAGAUCAUUGCAGCAGAGAAGGAAAAGAUGACAAAGCAGGCUGCAGCACAGCUGCGGAAGCAUCCCCAGCCUGUAAAAGACAAGAAUUGCCAUGACUUGUACUCAUGCGUCAGCUCGAUGUUCUCUGGAGAUAAAGGUCACUCCAAACUGUCGGACGCCAACAUGGCAUGGAAAGCCUUGCGGGCGAAUCACCAAGUUGCCCAGAAGCAGAUUUCUCUGCGAGCAAAACCGGAGGGGGUGGCUUCUGACGUCACGGUGUCUCGAAACCAGGUGAUCAAGAACCCACAAGCACCGCUCCUCAGCUUCCUGCAACCGGAGAAGCAAGUGCAUGAUAACAAAUUGCCUGGGGUUGUUGAAAACAGAUGGGGUGGAACUAAGUUUUGGAACAGGCUGCUGGGUGCCCCAGCCAAGAAAACUUCCGUCCAAGAGCAUCACAGAAAACUUGAGUGAAUGUUACAAAUAGUUUAGACAGUUAGACUGAAUAAUUUAUGAUCCAACAACUAUGAUUUUUCUAUGCC